AUGGAGUGGGGCUGGCUAGUGCUCGCCGCGAUCUUCGUCGCUGGACACGCACAGAAUAAUCGCAAUGACGGGCCAAGGUUCCUGUCGAGAGGCCACUCCUUCAGGACGGUGGUCGGCGAUACUCUGCUCCUGCCCUGCCAGGUGCAGAACUUGGGGUCCCUGGUGCUGCUGUGGAGGAGGGGGCCAGCUGUCCUCACAGCCGCUAGCCUGAUGGUCACAAGGGACGAGAGGUUCCGACUCGUGGACGGGUACAACCUACAGAUCACUGAUGUUGGGCCACAGGAUGCAGGCGACUACGUUUGCCAGAUAUCAGACCGCAUCUCCCGCGACCAGGUCCACACAGUUGAAGUGCUGGUGCCGCCAAGUGUAAGAGCGUCACCAGAGUCUCGACAUGCUGCAGCGCGUCGUGGUGGUGCCGCUGUGCUGGAAUGCAGGGCAUCAGGCAACCCAGUGCCUAGUGUUACGUGGCAUAAAAUGGUGGACUCCUACAACACUCAUCUGAACGAAACAAAUGUCCGCCUCGCCGAUGGCCCUCAGCUACAGUUGUCGAGAUUAGAGCGGUCGCAUAGUGGACGCUACGCCUGCACAGUCGACAAUGGCGUAGGACCACCGGUGGUGACAGAGUUUCAGCUGCAAGUCCUUUAUCCUCCAGAAAUAACCGUUGAAAGAUCGUGGGUGCACACUGGUGAGGGGUUCAGAGCUGAAUUACUGUGCACCGUGCUGGCCGACCCACCAGCUGAGGUAUCGUGGUACCAAAACUCGUUCCCGCUGAGCGCUUCAGAACGUGUCACGAUGUCGGCGAGGGGCAACAACCACACGCUGCUGAUCGCCAACGUGCAGCCUGAAGACUUCGGCAAUUAUAGCUGCGUGGCGGACAACAGCCUGGGCCGCGCGCGGCAGCACGUGGAGGUGUCGGGGCGGCCGGGCCCGGCGCGCUUCACUUCGCCGCCGCUGGCGCGCCGCGCGCACGCCUACACGCUCGCCUUCGCCGUCGACAGCUACCCGCCGCUCGACGAGCUGCGCCUCCUCUACCGCCAGCUUGCGAUCAACGAGUCGUUCCAGCAGCCGGGGCGCUGGCACGACGUGGUGAUCCCGGCGCCGCAGCCGGCGGGCUCGCUCACGCACCGCGUGGCGCACGAGCUGCACGGCCUGCAGCCCGGCGCAGUGUACGAGGCCAUCGUGCAGGCCAAGAACAGAUACGGAUGGAACGAGGUUAGCGAUAUCUUCCAGUUCCACACCCUCGGAGGAACGCACACAGCACACGCAGGAGAACUGACGCCGAUGUUCUCAACGGCAUCGCACCUCAGAGAGGUCUCUCUUGCAAUUUUCGCCUUAAUUACCCUCGUCCAGUUGGCAUAA